AACUCCUGAGAAUUGUUUACGAUUGAAAUCGCUUACAAAAAUUAGAAAAACAUUAAAAAUAGCUAUGGAAAGCUUACUUGAAAUACAGCGAAGAUGUCACGAGGAACGUGAGAGACUUGUUAAAGUAAUGGUUGAUGAAUUUAUGGAGAAAAAACCGAACGAUAAGGAUAAAAUAUUUUCGGACCAUCGUAUAAAAAUUUAUUUAGAUCAAUACGUAGAAACAACGUCCCAACUCGCUAAUUUGUAUGAAGAUAAAGACGGGGAACGAAAAGCCGAAAUUGCUGCAUUAUCUGGACCAAAUGAGUUUACUGAGUUUUAUUCGCGAUUAAAAGGAAUUAAAGACUUUCAUAAAAAACAUCCUGAUGAAAUCAGUAUUCCACUUUCAACAGAAUUCGAGCAAAUGGCAAAAGCUUAUCAACAAUCUGAUGCAAUGAAUUUGUUGGUGGAGUUUACAGAUGAGGAAAGUUAUGGUCGUUAUUUAGAUCUUCAUGAGUGUUAUGACAAGUAUAUCAAUUUGAAAUGUGUCGAGAAAACCGAUUAUAUCACUUACUUAAUGAUCUUUGAUCAUCUUUAUGAUAUUCCAAAAGACAGAAAGAAUGCCGAAUAUCGUAAAUAUCUUGAUACUCUCAAUGAAUAUCUUUAUGGGUUUAAUCAACGAGUGAAACCUUUAAUGGAUCUUGAUAAGAACUUGGAACAAACAAGAGAAGAUUUUGAACGUCAAUGGUCUGAAGGAAUUUUUCCUGGUUGGCCGAAGGAAACUGAGAGUGCUUUGUCGAACGUUGGAGCACCUUUGGAUCUUUCUGCAUUCACAAGUUGGGAAGAAUUAGCUUCAUUAGGCUUAGAUCGAUUGAAAUCAGCUCUUAUGGCGCUUGGUCUCAAAUGUGGAGGAACUUUGGAAGAACGAGCUCAAAGGUUGUUCAGUACAAAAGGAAUGAAACAAAUUGAUCAAUCAUUAUUGGCUAAGAAAGGUGGAGCAAUGGGAAAGAACUUGUCAAGCAUGGCAAAAGAUCAAGCAAGACAAAAAGAAAUUGCAUCAAUUGAAGCUCAAGUUUAUUACCUUAGUGAGCUUAUCAAAGAGCAACGGGCUGCUACGAAAGAGAAUGUUCAAAGAAAGCAAGCUCGUGGUGAUGGUGAGAGAAACGACAGCGAUGUUGAAGGAAGUGACUCGGAAUCAGAAGAGGAAGACGAUGAAAAUGAUGAUGUUCCAUAUAAUCCUAAGAAUUUGCCACUCGGUUGGGAUGGAAAACCAAUCCCUUAUUGGCUUUAUAAACUUCAUGGUUUAAACAUCAAUUAUAAUUGUGAAAUAUGUGGCAACUAUAUUUACAAGGGACCGAAGGCAUUCCAACGUCAUUUCAGUGAAUGGCGACAUGCACAUGGCAUGAGAUGCUUGGGUAUUCCAAAUACAGCUCAUUUCGCUAAUGUCACUCAAAUUGAAGACGCAAUUCAACUAUGGGAAAAGAUUAAACAGCAAAAGAAUCAGGAAAGAUGGGUUCCCGAACAGAAUGAAGAAUUUGAAGAUUCACUCGGUAAUGUUGUGACAAAGAAAACCUACGAAGAUUUGAAACGACAAGGAUUGUUGUAGAUCUUCAAUAUUUAAAAAUAAAUCUUAUCCAGGAAAUAAUAUAAUAGAAUGUAAAACUUUCAUAAUAAUAAAUAAAAUUUCUAUUAAAAU